UGGUGAGAGUGGUGGCGGUCGUCGUUGUCUCUGAAAAUUUGACUCCAAAUCCAAAGCUCGGUUUUUCAAGCGAGGAAGAUAGAAGAAAUGAGCAGAUUGGCAAAGAGGGUGUUCUUCCUGUCCAAGUUGUCGUCGUCUUCUGUUGCUGCUCCUGCUGCUUCUCGUCCCUCCUCCUCCUCCUGGAGAUGGCUAGCUGCUCAUCAUCACGUUCGCGAUACGGAGAUCGGUACGAGAUGCUUUUCUUCAUCCUCUCCCUCUGCUGGGUAUCACGUCAGCCCGUCGUCGUCCAUGAAGGGAGCUGUGUUCCGGGAUCCCACCCGCCCCCUCUCUCUCGAGCUCCUCCAAAUCCCUCGUCCCCAGCCCGGCGAGCUCCUCAUCCGCACCAAAGCCUGCGGCGUCUGUCACUCCGACCUCCAUGUCCUCAAAGGUGAGCUCCCCUUCGCUUCCCCUUGCGUGGUCGGUCACGAGAUCACCGGCGAAGUCGUCGAUCACCACCCCCUCACCGAUCCCAAGAUCGUCCACAAAUUCCCAGUUGGGUCUCUCGUCGUCGGGGCCUUCAUCAUGCCUUGUGGUUCCUGCUUCCACUGCUCUAAGGGUCAUGAUGACCUGUGCGAGGAUUUCUUCGCUUAUAACCGUGCGCACGGCACUCUUUAUGACGGCAAAACUCGCCUUUUCCUCCACGGCACUGGUGAACCUGUUUAUAUGUAUAGUAUGGGAGGGAUGGCUGAAUACUGCAUUGUGCCCUCAAAUGCAUUAGCUGUAUUACCUGGUUCAUUGCCCUACUCGGAAUCCGCCAUUCUAGGCUGUGCAGUUUUCACUGCGUACGGUGCUAUGACCCACGCAGCUGAGGUGCGGCCUGGGGAUUCCAUCGCUGUUGUUGGUGUUGGAGGUGUUGGAUCAAGUUGUUUGCAGAUAGCUAAGGCAUUUGGUGCCUCUGAUAUUAUUGCUGUGGAUAUCAGUGAUGAAAAAUUACAGAAAGCUAAAAUUUUUGGGGCCACCCACACCGUGAAUGCAAUCAAAGAGGAUGCUAUUGAAAAGAUUAAGACAAUAACUGGAGGGAUGGGCGUUGAUAUUGCUGUAGAAGCCCUGGGAAAACCACAAACGUUCAUGCAGUGUGUACAAAGUGUUAGGGAUGGUGGAAAAGCUGUGAUGAUAGGACUUGCAAAAUCUGGUGCCGUGGGGGAGGUAGACAUAAAUCGACUUGUCCGCAGAAAGAUUAAAGUCAUUGGCUCGUACGGAGCAAGAGCAAGGCAGGAUCUUCCCAAGUUGGUCAAGUUGGCAGAAUCAGGGAUCUUCAAUCUCACCAGUGCAGUUUCAAGGAAAUACACAUUUGAAGAGGCUGGUAAAGCAUUUCAAGACCUUGACCAAGGAAAAAUUGUCAGCAGAGCAAUUGUUGAGAUAGUGUAGCCCAUCACUCCUACACUCAGCUCUGAAUGCUUGUUGAAAUUUGUGUUUUCGCAGUUAAAUGAUCAGAGAGUAACUUCACUCUUCCAUAACGCACAUCAACUUGAAUUGGCUGCUGUUUUUCUAAUAACCAGCCAAAAUCAAUAAUAUUCCUGCCCUUUUCAUACCUUUAGUAUGGGUAGGUUUCUGGCA